AUGACUGCCGAUGCAAUCGCGCCGGCUACCUCGAUAAUAGUUGGAACGGCAGUGGAUAAAACGGCGGAGGCCGCCAAAGAGGAAGCUGACGCAGAACUCGAAGCUGGUGAAGGGGGUGAAGCUAGCGAGAGGGCAAAGUCCAACAAACCGCUUGACAGCUGCGGUCAGAAGACAGAAGAACCUGAGGGUGAGAUCGCAACCAAUUUUGAGCCGACCGGCGAAUCUCGAGAAGGAGCCGAAUCUCGAGAAGCAGGGGAACCCCGAGACGCGGCACUUCUUCGGGACACGCCCUUGGAGACCGCGCCUGACGUUGGGAUGAUAGCUGCGGACGAGGAAAUGCGCGACGGACGUGCCUUGUUUGAAUCUGAGAAGUACGCGGACGCACUGAAGGCGUGGACAAGUCGACUCCGAUCGAUCCAGUACGUGCUCGACAAGCACAAAGAAGGCGAGCCGUACAAGGGCAUCGCGGAGUUCGAGGAAAUGGCUCUCAAAACGUGCAGCAACAUCGCCCUAUGCAACAUCAAAUUGCGCAGAUGGGGAGACGCUGUCACCUUUUGCGAUCGCGUGCUCGAACUGGACCCCCGAAACGAAAAAGCGCUUUAUCGGAAAGCGAAGUCUCUAUUCGAGAUGGCCAAAUUGACGGAAGCGUACAAAGCUUUGGCCACGUUCCGGAGUGCGGAUCCCGCCGUCAUUCAGUUGACUAAGGAGGUGAAUGAGGCGAUACAGAGGACCAGGUUGAUGCAAAAGAAAAUGAUGCAAAAGAUUCUGGAGGAGUCCAGGAUUGAGAAUUCUCCGUACAAGGUUAUCCGUCUGCACCUGGAGACGGCGUAUUUGUGGCUGAAGGCGCUGUUCCUGUGGCUCUUUCAGGACCUGCAUGGCUGGAUGCUUAGACGUAAGGUGGUUAGUUAG